UUCUGAAGAUUACAAAUUCCUCAUAUUUCUGUACUCUGUCCCUGGAAAUUAACCCAACAUUCACCCUUCAGGAUUGCACUUUAAUUCAAAGGAAAAAAAGGGUGGAGCUACAUUCAAUUUUAUCAUGUGGUCUGAACUGUUAAAACUGCUUGCCUGUGCAUGAGUUCUCUGUGGUUUUUUGACAGCAUAUUCCUUUCUAGAGUUAACUUUUACUAACUAAAAAGAUCAGAACUAGAUCUGACAUUAGAGGCAACAAGGAUCUCUAAUUGGAUGAAUUAAAGUAAAUAAUCAUUAUUAAAGAUUAACUUAGGCGUAAUUUCCACUAAAAGUGUGGUUACACAAAAGUAUGAUAUCCUGUGAGAAUAAUCAUAAGCCCCUUUUUAACCCACUAUAAUCUUCUCAUAUAAGUGUCACUACACAUUCUUUGCAUCAAUUCACAUUCUUCUCUGUCCUUUGAUUCUCUUCUUACUAAUAACUUCUGCUCAAGCAAAUGGUGAAUUCUAAAGCAUUUGAUACGAUGCUUUUCUUAUAUUUGAGCUUCGUUUUCCUUCUUCCAUGCGAUGUUUUAGGCUUUGGAUAUGUCCCUGUAUCCAAUUCCAAUCCAAGAAGUUGCAACAUUACUUCGAUUUAUCAGCUCGGGGACUCCCUGUCUGACACCGGGAACUUAAUUAUUGAGAGUCCUAACGGGGUUGCCUUUGCUCGGCUUCCUUAUGGUGAAUCCUUCUUUAAGCACCCCACUGGUAGAUGCUCCGACGGGCUUCUAAUGAUCGAUUUCAUGGCAAAGGCGUUAAACAUUCCGCUCCUAACUCCAUACUUAAACAGAGAUGCACUUUUCAACCAUGGAGUAAAUUUCGCGGUUGCUGGUGCCACAGCAUUGCCAGUAGAGUUUCUUGCAGACAAAAAUAUAGUUAAUCCUCUUACUAACAGUUCUCUAAGUGUACAGCUUGAUUGGAUGUGGUCACAUUUUAACUCCAUUUGCUAUGAUGGCCAAGAUUGCGCAGCAAAGCUCAAGUGUGCAUUAUUUAUAGUUGGGGCUAUAGGAAGCCACGAUUAUUACUAUGCUUUUUCUCAAGGGAAAAGAAUGGAGGAUGUCAAUAACAUGGUUAUCGAUGUUGUCAAAGCAAUAAUCGAAGGCAUUAUAAGGGUCAUCCAAAUUGGUGGUACCAAAAUAAUUGUCCCAGGGAGCUUCCCUCUAGGCCAAUUUCCUGCUUAUCUUACAGCAAGGCAAGCCAACAAUUCUACGACCUUAAGAAAACGAAGUUUGCUGAACAACUUGUCACUCUAUCACAAUGAUGAGCUUAAGAAGAGGCUACAAAUGUUAAAGCGAGAUUACAAGAAUAUUACCAUCAUUUAUGUAGAUUAUCACAAUGCAUUUAACCGGCUUAUGGAGAAUGCUCCUCGUUUUGGGUUCAAUGGUGCAUCUGAUCUUCGCAAACCAUGCUGUGGAGUCGGAGGGCGAUUUAGUUUUAAUCCAAGUAGAAUGUGUGGGGCUGCAGGAGUUCCAGUUUGUACUAAUCCUGAUGGCUACGUAAUGUGGGAUGGAUUUAAUCUGACUCAAAAAGCAUAUAGGAUCUUGGCGCGGUGGCUCUUUCGAAGUAUAGUUUCUCUUUUAUCUAAGUCAUCCUGAUACACUUGAUCAUUAGUUCAACAUCCUAUAUUUGAUUGUUCAAUCAUUUUUGCUAACAUUUUUAGCCGUAAUUUCAUAAUUCUUAUGCCAUUAAAA